AUGGCAACAGCAGAAUUGAGCAAGCUCUGGGCAGAGCAUUUUCCUCACAAGCCACGGCCAUCGGUCUAUACUUCUGAAGAAGUUGACAACGAUGGAUUUCUACCUCUUGCAGAUUUCGAGGACUUCAAGGUCGAAGAUUUACAAAACCUGACGCAAGCGCAACUAUACACACUCACAGCAAAUAAUGCAGAGGCACUUCAGCUAAUACAGAAGGAAUGGAUAGAGCUCGAACGACUUGCGCAGCACAUUAGAUCUCGAGAUCCACUCCCGGUCUCACACAAGGAUCCACAGCAACUUCCUUCUCGUGAGAUCUUCGAAGAGCGAAAGGAAGCAGCUCUGUAUAGCUAUAAGUAUGAGGCUAAUCGCAAGAUGCUUCCAGCAAAGUUUACAGUGUCUGAGAAUGUGACAGAUCAAGAGAAAUUCGAUUGCCGUGAGCCACCUGAGCCUUUUGCUCAAGGAGGGUUCAUACCGAACGACAAGCAAUACAAAUCAAUUAUGGCUGUAGCUAAAGCUGAAGGACGUACAAACAAUCCCGACAAUCAAGCUCCUUACAAGCAGAAUUUCGCAUUCUCUGACCGAAAGGAGGGGAAUUGGAUUGCUAAGAUACAGGCUCAGGACACGCUAGCUCCGCCAAGGACCCGAGCACGCGAGGCAGCAUUGAAUUCUACUGCAGGUCGACAGACACGUUUGAAUGGCGAGAGAGCUCCAUUGAGUCGACAAUUGAGCUCAAGUCUGCUGGAUGCGCCAAGUCCCCGGACUCGAUCGGGAUCGCCAGCUGAGAGUAGAAGCUCAGCUCAUCUGAAACGCAACAUCGAUGCUGUAGAUAUCACUCAUGAACUGCCUCCGAGAAAGAAACACCCCAAUCAGUACACAAAGAGGAGGGAGCGCGAGGAGGCAGAACGGCUGGCUGUGCGAAGAGCCACUAUCACUAAUGGUCAAUCUUCAGUCACAGAGGAUACCAGCGGCACGUCUUCCCCAGCUCUUGUGAAGAAGAAGCAUCCUAACCAAUACACAAAACGGCGAGAGAGGGAGGAGCUGGAACGGCGACUUCGAGAAGAGGAAGAAGAAGAAGCAGAAAGCCUUUCACAGAGAGCGAAUGCUGUCGAUCGUGGGCCGCAAGAAGUGCGAGCUGCUACCACUGAUGUACACUGGGAGAGGCCUACUUGGAGGAGCAGCUAUGUGCCAUCACCUCUCCCAGACCUUCUUCCUGUUGUCGAUUUUCUGUCUCUGGAAACUCCUGCUGUGACGUCUUCGAUCAAUCGUCCAAAGCAUCCGAAUCAAUAUACCAAGCAAAGGGACAGGGAAGAAUGGGCUUCGACAUUCAAGUCAACCAAGCAGAACAGAAUGGAACCUCCUGUGGCAGAGCGACCUAAGCACCCCAAUCAGUACACUAAACGCCGGGAGCAAGAAGAAGCUGCACGAAAAGCUGCACUUGCACAAGCCGGCUCUUAUCCAGGACAUGGUGCCCUGCAGAAUUUCUCAGCUGGUCCUACUGCCGCUUAUCCUUACCAGUACACAUAUCCUCCUUCGCCAUGGGCUGUACUACGUCAGACACCCAUACCAGACAACCGUUCGAGGACAGCAGGUGCUAUGCCGGUGCCUGUAUCUGCUCCGAUUGCCUCUACAAAGUCUCGAGAUCCUUCACAGAUGACCAAAGAAGAGCUUCGAACUCAUCUCUUCAAGGAUCAUGACUUACUAGCGUUCCUUGAGAAGGACCACUCGUGGCUAAAUGAGGAUCCCGAAAAGGCCGCUGCGUGGAAAGCCAAGAUCAUAGCUUCCGAGUAUCCAGUACGAACAUGGGCCAUGUUGAGGAAGUGGAAGGAGUGGAAAGCCGAGGGCAAGGACAAGCGGCCACGAGACAAGGAUGGAAACCGAAUCCGAGAUUUCACAUCCUCUUCUGCGUUGAAUGCUGCUGCUCCGCCUGGCGAUGCAAAAGAUCAAGCUUCCUCUGCGAGAAUGGAGGGAGAGAGUAUGGAUAUUUCCGAUGGAGAUGGAGAUGUCAUUGUCGCCCGCAACUACACCGAGCAAUCACGCUCAGCAACACCAGUAACCGCAGCGGCAUCUACAUCUGAAGUUGGCUCUACCAGAUCAGCCUCACCAGCACGUCGAUCUAAUCGAAGCCUUAGAUCUAGAUUCGGACGUAACUACCUUGGUUCUCCUGGUCCUCAACUACGAAGCCCACUUGUCAACAGCAUAAAUGCUAGAGACAUUGACACAGACAUUCCUUUGUCCAGCAUACGCUCGACACAAGCCCGGUCUUUCAACACAAGCCUCAAAGCUAUAGACGAGGUCGACUCAACAACGAAAGUGGACGAUUGGCAAGACAAAAACGAAGCUCAAGCUGACCAUGCCACUUCUACGGCUACAGGCAGGGGUACACGACAGGAAUAUCCUCGACGAAGCCUUCGAAACCAAGCACGAACCGUAUCAGAGCAGGAAUUGAACACCGAGUCUGAGGACACUGCAAGCAGGCUCGACAACCCUAAGUCUGCGAACCCGGGUCUUGCUGUAGCUGAGAAAAUCCCUGAGCCCGAUGAAUCUCCCGAUUUUAAGACUAUCAACAGCCAGAAUUUCGUACGCGUCUCGUGCUUUACACCCUCAUUGGGCAAGCCACCAAGGCGCCAUGACGAAUGGGAGGAGUUAAUCACCUUACCAAUGCGACAGGCAUCUCUCACCUCGUCAAGUCUCGAAGAGUCAGACUACGAGGACGGCACAUACCAGUCUGGCAUCAAAAGCCAACCAGCAGCAGCCGCCGAACCUGCAAAAAAUGCCAAUGGCACAACCACCUCGACUCAAGAACCACCAACAACAACCACCGCCAAACCCAUACCCACCAUCGUAGCAGACGACGACGCCGACAACGAGGCGAUAUCAACAGAAACCCCACCAAAACGAACAACCCGAUCUACAAGCGCUCGAGCCCCUCCACCUCCACAUAUCCACCCCAACCCCCUCCCAGACACAACCACUGCCACCAACACCAUCGAAGUCGCCAGCAACCCAAACCCAAAUCCAAUCACAAGAGGCAGGAGGCAACAAGCGCGACUAACAACACCAUCAACAACGACUUCGGCCUCGAUCUCCCCAGUCGCUACUAGACGCGCUGGAUUGAGGCCGAAUCCGCCGAAGAGGGCUUUUACGCUUGAUAGUGAAUCUGAGGAGGAUGAUGAUGAUGAUGGUGCUUCGUCAGCGAGAGCUACGUCUAGGAGGAGGAGUGCGAGAAGGGCUGGAAUGAGGAGGAGGGAGAGGUGA